CGGUCUCUCUCUUCGUAAUCCGAAAGCAAACUCUACCACUAGAGGAGAGUUCCAUCGGCACAGAGAACUCUAGUGUUAGGGUUUGCGAAACUAGGGUUUGCCAUGCCGAAGAACAAGGGAAAGGGAGGUAAGAAUCGGAAGAGGGGAAAGAACGAAGCCGACGACGAGAAGCGCGAGCUCGUCUUCAAGGAGGACGGACAGGAGUACGCUCAAGUCCUCCGCAUGCUCGGUAAUGGCCGCUGCGAAGCUAUGUGCAUCGAUGGCACCAAGCGACUCUGUCACAUCCGAGGCAAGAUGCACAAGAAGGUCUGGAUCGCCGCCGGCGACAUCGUCCUUGUCGGCCUUCGUGAUUACCAGGACGAUAAGGCGGACGUCAUCCUCAAGUACAUGCCUGAUGAGGCUCGCCUCCUCAAAGCCUAUGGAGAACUACCGGAGAGCACGCGUCUUAACGAGGGUAUCGCCGGCGGCCUCGACGAGGAGGAAGAUGGCGCUGGGGAUGACUAUAUCGAGUUCGAGGACGAGGACAUCGACAAAAUCUAGGCUUCCAGAGAUUACGGUUUGGAAUUUGCCUCUGCCUUUCGAUGACCGUUUUCCCAUUCUGCUCUUGUUCUCUUUCAGUCUUUGACCAUUAUUACUAUUAUCUUGUCAUACGUUGAAUAUGAGAUCCUGUUAUAAUAAUUACUCCAAAUGAUGGACCAAUAUGUCUGUAAUAACUUGAUAGAAAAUUGUGAUUUGAAUGUUCCCGAUGGAUAUAUCUGCUACUUGUGUUGGAUUGGCUGGGUGAUUAGGCAGCUUGUGUUAAGGAAGCGUUUAUGUUUGUAGCUUGAUGGAAUUAUGGGAUUUGAAUAUAUCCUUUGGAUAUUUGUUCUACUUAUGUUAGAUUGGAUGCAUGUUUAUGCAUCUUCUGUUAAGAGUGUAUUUCUAAAGGAAUAACAAAUCUUUAUGAACCUUGCUCUUC